AUUCCCAAGUGAAGACCAUUCUGGUUUUGCCCUGCAGAGUAUGGAACUGAGUUAAUUUUGAAGGGUUUAGGUCAGCCUUCUUGUUUCCUUCCUUGGUACCCUGUGAUACCAAGCAAUAAACUUGGGGUUAACGGGCGGUGGCAUUCCUAUCUUUGUAGACUCUAUUUGUAGCCAGCAGAUCUUUAUCCCACCCAGGAAGACUGGUGUUUAGGUAAGUGUGGAUAGUCUAACUCUCCAAUAUCUGGGUGACUGUUCCCUAAAGCCAUUCCCUGCACAUGCUCAGGUGUCUUCAUUUGGAGAGUGCCAGUCGGCAUUCUCGUGGGUGGAUACGAAGUCACUCGUUCUCUUCACCUUUUUCCUCACAGGAGACCAGACGUCCAUUCUCGUGAGGUCUACCUAUAAGUCACCAUGUAUGAGGACUGCGUGAAGUCCACAGAAGACUAUUACCUCUUCUGUGACAAUGAGGGGCCGUGGGCCAUUGUUCUGGAGUCCUUGGCAGUGAUCGGCAUAGUGGUUACGAUAUUGCUACUCCUGGCCUUUCUGUUCCUCAUGCGGAGGGUGCAGGACUGCAGCCAGUGGAACGUGCUUCCCACCCAGUUCCUCUUCCUGCUGGCCGUGCUUGGGCUCUUUGCACUUACUUUUGCCUUCAUCAUCCAGCUCAACCAGCAAACUGCCCCUGUCCGCUACUUCCUCUUUGGGGUUCUCUUCGCUAUCUGCUUCUCCUGCCUCCUGGCUCAUGCCUCCAACCUGGUGAAGCUGGUCCGGGGUAGAGUCUCCUUCUGCUGGACAACAAUUCUGUUCAUCGCUAUCGGGGUCAGCCUGCUGCAGACCAUCAUUGCGAUAGAGUACGUGACCCUCAUCAUGACCAGAGGCUUGAUGUUCGAGCACAUGACGCCGUACCAGCUCAACGUGGACUUUGUCUGCCUCCUGAUCUACGUCCUCUUCCUGAUGGCCCUCACGUUCUUCGUCUCCAAGGCCACCUUCUGUGGCCCGUGUGAGAACUGGAAACAGCACGGAAGGCUCAUCUUUGCCACCGUGCUUGUCUCCAUCAUCAUCUGGGUGGUGUGGAUCUCCAUGCUAAUGAGAGGCAACCCUCAGCUCCAGCGCCAGCCCCAAUGGGAUGAUGCGGUCAUCUGCAUUGGCCUGGUCACCAACGCUUGGGUCUUCCUGCUGCUCUACAUCAUCCCUGAGAUGAGCAUCCUCUACAGAUCAUGUAGGCAGGAGUGUCCUCCUCAAGGCAACAUCUGCCAAGUCCCCGUCUACCAACGCAGCUUCAGGAUGGAGAACCAGGAACCCACCAGAGCCCGAGACAGUGAUGGAGCUCAGGAGGAUGUAGCACUAACUGCACAUGGUACUCCCAUUCAGCUGCAGACUGUUGAUCCCAGCCAGGAGUAUCUCAUCCCAUGAGCUACAUUAACCCCACAACAAGAUGCAGGAUUAUAAAGCUACCUGAAACAGCAUAGAGACAACCUUGAAGACCGUCCUGCUCAGCACAGCCCCGAAGGGCCCAGAAGAGCACUAGACACGCUCUCAAUGAAACAUCUGUCCUGUCCCCUUCCUCUCUCCUGUCCCUUCCUCUCUGUUUCCUUGCCCUUUUCACUCUUCUGGACACAGCCUCUGAAGACUAUCAUGUCCUGCACAAUUACAAUCUUGUUGUCACCCUA